AUGGAUCUUUGUAUUGGAUCGGAUGCCAGUCGCAUUCGAUCCCCCGUCCACAACUUCUCCAAUACCCCAUUGGAUGAUAAUACUCUCAACAUCCUGUCUAAAGGCUUCAACUUCUCCAUAACUCCCAGAUCCAUUCCCAUCGGAACCAUUAUUACCCAAACAGAAUCGGCCAUUGCUCACCUACCUGAAAACCUAGCUGAAGAAGCACGUCAAGACACCGCCACCACAUUAAGAAGAGCAAAAAUUCCGAAAUCCAAUGAUACCCCAGCUGAGACACAAUCCCUCAAAAAACUGAACAACAACCUAGAUAUAGCCGUCCUUCCAGCAGACAAAGGCAAUGCCACAGUGGUUCUCAAUAUCACAGACUACAUCCAUCCAUCCAAGUUGACGACAUUACUUGACUCUCUGGAAUACCAAAUAACCCUCAGAGACCCAACCGUAUAUCUGCUAUUUUGUAUUUAA